CAGAAGGGCAUUUAAAAACAGAAAUUCGUCAGAUCCGUGAAGAGUAAAAGGACAUGUUUAACUCUGGGUUUAUCUCAAUCCUUUGUCAUAAGUAAGUGAUUAAUUUGGACUUUACUCUGAGAGGUUACAGUGCAUUUCCAGAGCAGAGGAUUCACUCAGUCUGACAGCUGUCUGCGAAGAAGAAGCUCACCUGCAAACCGCAUCAGGCUCCCAGUCCCACAGCAAUGGACCCGUUUGACGGCUCAACUGCAGCAGAAACUUUGCGUCGAGUUUCAGCCUCGCUGGGCUGCAGUCCGACCUCUGCAGACGUGGCUGCAUACCUCGACAAACAUGACAAGCUGAGACAUCUCAGGGAGCAAUUCCUGGUGCCCAAAAUUGCAGAUUUGCCUCCUUCUGAUCUCUCACUGGUCGAUGGCAGCAAGGAAUGCAUCUACCUUGUGGGAAACUCGUUGGGGCUUCAGCCCAAAAUGGCGAGGAAGUACCUGGAAGAGGAGCUGGACAAGUGGGCUAAAACGGGUGUUCAUGGUCACACUGAAGGCUCUCGACCUUGGGCGUGGGCUGAAAACAACAUAGAGGAACUCAUGGCUAACGUUGUAGGAGCUAAAACCGAGGAGGUGGCACUGAUGAACGGCCUGACAGUUAAUUUACACCUUCUGAUGCUUUCUUUCUACAAACCCACAGCAGCUCGGCACAAAAUCCUCCUGGAGGACAAGGCCUUUCCCUCAGACCAUUACGCUGUUCAGUCUCAGGUCCGACUGCGAGGAUUGGACCCUGAGGACAGCAUGCUGCUGCUGUCACCCAGACCGGGAGAAGAGACUCUGAGAACUGAGGAUAUCCUGGAGGUGAUCGAGAAGGAGGGCGACUCCAUCGCUGUGGUGAUGCUCAGCGGAGUUCAGUAUUACACCGGCCAGCUUUUCAACAUGGCCGCCAUCACUGAGGCCGGCCAGAGGAAGGGCUGUUUCGUGGGCUUUGAUUGCGCCCACGCUGCAGGAAACGCCGAGCUGAAGCUGCACGACUGGGGAGUCGACUUCGCCUGCUGGUGCUCGUAUAAGUAUCUAAAUUCAGGUGCUGGUGGUAUUGCUGGUGCAUUUAUCCACGAGAAACAUAAAGACACCAUCAAACCUGCGUUGUUGGGAUGGUGGGGACACGACCUGAAGUCUCGCUUCCAGAUGAGUAACGUGUUGGAUCUGCAGCCUGGAGUGAGUGGUUUCAGACUGUCCAACCAGCCCAUUCUGCUGGUCUGCCCCCUGCAGGCCAGUCUUGAGGUGUUCAACAUGACCAGCAUGCAGGCUCUGCGCAGGAAGUCCCUCCUGUUGACGGGUUACCUGGAGUACCUGAUCCGGCACUAUUACACCGAGGACCCCGCCCGGCCUCGCAAGCCUCACGUCCGCAUCAUCACGCCCUCGGACCCUCAGCAGAGAGGCUGUCAGCUCUCACUCUCCUUCUCCGUCCACAUCCGAAAGGUCUUCCAGGAGCUGGAGAAGAGGGGUGUCGCCUGUGACAUGAGGGAGCCCAGUGUGCUGCGAAUCGCUCCGGUGCCGCUCUACAACUCCUUCAGCGACGUUCAUCGCUUCGUGGAGACGCUGGGAUCGGCUCUCACUGCCAGCAGCCAAUGAAUGAAGAGAAGGGACUGUGAAGCUUUUCUGAACACAUCGGCUAUGAUUCAGUCCACUGACUGCUGCAAACUCCUAUACCAAGGUAUAGGUCACCUUUAUUCUUAGAUAUGUGAAUGUAUUUUUGAAAGUUGUCUGUAAUGGACUUUAAGUUCAUUUUGGGAGAAAUGAAAAAAUAAGAAGCUGCCUCUUGAAUCCUCAUUAUCCUCACCAGGACUGUGGAAGUGCAGUCGAUCAUGUUUUUAUAUUUGUCUGUUUUAGAGAUAUUUAACAUGCAUUGGCUGAAAAUAAAAGAUUUAUCUGG